CAUUAGGAUCGGCUAGUAAUUUGCGAUGCUCCUUUAACCAUGAAAUCAGCUGACCUGAAAUCAGUAAACAUGAUAAUUCGCUUUUUCUCAGAUUAGCUACGGUCUUGUUUUGAAUCGACGGAGAUAUCUUGUGAAAGUUUUAUUGUUGAAUAUUUCGACUAAAGAUGGAAAGAAAUUGCGAAUUUGAGCGCCGUGUUUUGUCGAUUCAAAGUCAUGUAGUUUCUGGUUAUGUUGGAAAUAAAAGCGCAAUAUUUCCCUUGCAAGUUUUAGGGUUUGAAGUUGAUUACAUUAAUUCCGUUCAACUUUCAAACCAUACUGGUUAUAAGCAUAUAAAAGGUCAACGCUUGAAUGCAGAUGAGCUUUUUGAAUUGUAUGAAGGACUAAGAUUGAACAAUCUUUUAUUCUACUCCCACUUAUUGACAGGGUACAUUGGGACUGCUACAUUUUUAAAAGAACUUGUAAACAUUGUAAAGCAACUGAAAGAAAUUAAUCCUAAUUUGUACUAUGUUUGUGAUCCAGUGUUAGGUGACAAUAAUGAAUUAUAUGUUCCAGAAGAAUUAUUGCCAAUCUAUAGAAACGAUGUUAUUCCACUAGCUGAUUUAAUUACACCUAACCAAUUUGAAGCAGAACUUCUUACUGGUGUGGCUAUUAAAACCAAAGAAGAUGCAAUUGAAGCUAUAAAUAUUCUGCAUAAAAGUGGUGUUAAAACAGUUGUUCUAUCAAGUGUGGAAUUAGGCACCAAAGAAAAUCUUACAUUACUUGGUAGUUCGUUAAAUGGAGAUGAAAAAACAUUGAUUUCUUUAACAUUUCCUAAAAUGUCGGCUGUAUUCACGGGAUCUGGAGACUUGUUUUCUGCUUUACUCUUAGCAUGGAUGUCUAAAACUAACAGAAAUUUAAAGAUUUCGUGCGAAAAAGCCUUAAAUACGAUGCAAAGUGUCUUAAAAAGAACAAUUGAUUCAAAAUCAGAUUUCAAUAAAGGACAAGGUUCUCCUUUUGAAAUGGAACUCAAAAUUGUUCAAAGCAAAAAUGACAUUGAAAAUCCCCCAAGCACUCUGAAAUGUCAAGAAUUAUAAUUAGUCAUAUUUUUAGUUUGUAAAUUGAUAUUGUUUUUAAAAGAAAACUUGGGAGCUAUUCAUGAACCAAGUGAGACAGAACGAGAAUGAUCAUAGAAAAUCAGCACAUAAUUAUUUAUAAAUGUAAAAGGAUUUUUUUUUCUCCUAUUAUGUUUGUAUUUUAACCUGGACAAUGUUUUCCGGACAGCAGUAAGAUUAUAUAACUAUUAUUAAUGAUAUCAUUUAUUUCUGUUGCGAUUUUGAAUCAAAAAACCUGAUUUUAUAGAAGUAUUAGUCUUUUUUUUAACCUGCUAUUGUAACAAGGAUUAGGCAUAACUGCCAUCAGUCUUUGUGGGGCAGCUAAAUAUAGUUCAGAGAGACAUCUAAAACUAUUAUAACCAUUAGCAGUAUUUUCAACCAAUAAUAAAAUCAUCUUAUCAAUUUGUUUGCAAAAUAUUUUUCAAAGUUUGCUGGUUUAAAUUGAAAAAGGCAAGUCUGAAAAAUCCUAGAAAAUGUAAGAACUAUAAAUUGCAAAUCCACUCUCCUGAAUUAACAUCACACAAUAAUUACUCAUUGUGGGAAAUAUACCUCGGAACCGAUUCUGUAAAGGCAUCAUGUAAUGGGUGCCUGCUAGAUUUUUCUUUAUUGGUGGCAAAUAGACCUAGUAAAUUCAUUAUUUAAAAUCAAUUUCAAAGCUACUCAAUUACUGUCCGGCGAAAAGAUAACUCGUGAGUUAACAAAUAGGUUGUCAGAAGAUUUACCACUUUUUUUUGGGGAUUUUCUCUGCAGUAAAGAAAAUAAACUAAUAACUGCUAUCUGCUUGGUGCUUGCUUUGAUAUUGUAUGCGCCAAACAUGUGGUUAAUGCCCCAAAAUGGCAUAUUUCAUCAUUUACAUAGUCUUUUUUUUCUGUGACGCUGUAUGAUUUAUCUUUUACCAACUAAAAAUUUUCCUUUUUUUUUUAUGUAAUUUAACAUUUUUUCGUCCAAGUAAAAUGUUGCAGAGGUUAGAACUGCCCACGUUCUUGCAGUCCCUUUUGUGAACACAUAUGUAGAAAUAAGCCAAAAGUGAUUUAAAACCAAGUCUCAUGGUUUUUGAAUAAGCUCCUGACAUUAAGAAAAUGUAUUUUAUUCUCUGAAAUGUUAUUGAUAACUUAAAAUAGCUUCAAAUUUUCUGUGUGCUGUAAUUUUUUUUUAUUUUUUAUAAGUAAACCUUGGACCAAAAUAAUUUGCGAAAUCCAGCGUGACUGUUACGUACAAAGGCAUCUUUAUUGUUUAAAAUAUAUAUAGUACAACCUCAAUUUAUCAAUUUUCAUGAGGUAAUUUUCAAAAAUUGGAAUUAAUCUUUUAUUUUCACUAAUCUUUUGUUCUCUCUAAUCUGUUUUCUUUCAGUUUUAUGCUUCAUUACUUGCAAAUGAAAUACUGAUGCUAACUGCAUCUUUGGUAACAAUUUAACUCUAAAUCAGAAAGUCCUAAUUCCAGUUGUGAGAUAGAUACUUGUUUUAAAAACGUGACCCCUUUCUGACAUUCCCCAUAUCUUUGCCAAUAGCUUUCAUCAAACAUACGCAUUUUUGAUUUUAUUUAAUUGCAUAUAAAUAAGUUCUAUUCAUUAACUUACAAUUCCAUUACUCUAUUCAUCCAUACGUAUGAUUCAUUUUUUUUUUCUAUGUUCAUACAUUUGUUUUAAUAGUAGAGGUAUAUUUAGACCAUAUAUUAUACUGUGCAAAUUUGUUUCGUCUUUUGAUGCAUUCUUCUGAAGCAUGUUUAAUUUUUUCUAGCUUCAAAUUAUAGAAUAGCUUUGAGUUUUAAAGUGCUUUAAAAUAUGCUACAUAAAUGUUUUUUAAUCAGUUUUGUUUUUAAAACGGAUGUAACUAACUGUUCAUAUGUUACUUUAUUUUAAUGUUAUGAAGUCAUAAAUAUUAUAAACUACUUAUUUCAUUCAGUCCUAACAGGCAUGAGGACUUGUUUGUUUUUCCUUUUGUAUUUCUGUAUUUUUUUAAAAUUAUCUUUGAUUUGUUUCUUUCUAGACAAAAGGCUACAUUAUUUAAGCCUUUAUAAAUUUAAUUUCCCAAUUGAGAGAACCAGUAAAAAUUUUUAAUUGUAUGGUUUUUAUAUAAAGUACUGAAAUAUAACUAUUAAACUGUAUGUAAUGAACUAUAUUGAGCAACGUUUUUGAAAUACAGAGUUCCUGUAUAAUUAGAAGAGUCAAUCAAUAGAUUGUAAGAAUUAACUUUUGCCAAAUGAGAACAUGCCAUAGCCUUUUAUUUUUUAUUUGAACUUGAUAUAUUUUUUUUUUUUCAAAAGUCCUCUUUUGUUUGCUUUUAUUUAAAAAAAAUAUCUAAAAAUUGUUUCAUGAAACUUUGAUUACACUUUUUAUACUAAUAAAUAAGUUGACUUCAUUAAAAAA